AUGCUGGCUGUACCAGCCUCUUUUCUUCUGUCCUUGGCCGAUCAAGCAGGUGAAGUUUACUGCAAAUUAAGCUGUGUCUAUCGAGGCGACAAGGCUCUGCUCCUGCUCAUCAUCCCCAUCGUUUUUGGUGGAGAGGAUCCGUAUUGGUCUGCGCUCACCGCGGCUACUGGCUACACCAUCGGCUCAUUGAUUCCCCUGAUGGGAACUCUCUUAAUGUGGUCUCUUCGAAUGCUCCCCGAUACUCGACUGGAGUCGCUGAGGCGCCUCAGUGUUAUAUUAGCGGACUAUUCUGAUGAGAUUACCUUCUUAUGGCGAGUUACAGACCAAGAAGGAGCCGUAGUACGGCGCAUGUGGGAUGAUCUAUAUCAGGCUAGCACGGAAGCGGCAGCCUCUACGAGUGAUCCGAAGCUACGUGGCACCAUCUGGUCCAUGUUUGCAUGCCUAUCUACUGUACGAAGAUCUUCACAACGUCAGACGCUCGAGGCUGAGGCCUUGGAAACUCCAUGGUCGGGUCCUUUUGAUGGUGAAAUGGUAUCACUUCGUCAGAAGGUGGUCACUGCUCUCAGAGUGUGGGAUGAUCAUCAUGAGUUUGAUAACGAUAUUAUUACAGCUGCAAGGCAUCUGAGCUCAUCUGUGGAGAAGUGUCGAGCUCGAGCUGAUGUCCGUGCCACGACAGAGUCGAAGAAUUCCGAAUUCGCCAUUAACGAAAUGGUGAAGUUCUCCCUGCUUGUUCACGAGUUCCUCAUCCGGGUCAAGGGCUCUAACGGAGAUUCUUCGGUUGCUACGAAGGUCGCCGACUGGUUUAGGCAGCCUUUCUUCACUUCGGCGAAUCCUGAGAUCACUUGGAGAGUCCGCCUGGCCUAUCCAUUGCGUGCUGCGAUCACUGUUCCUUUGGUCGCUCUCUUCCUUACUGUUGGUGGUCAAUACUUCGCC